CCAAUAUAUAUUACAUCCUCUUUCAGAUAUUCAUGAGCAUUGCAAACUAUCUGGAUAUCUAACUGAUAUCAUGAAAAUCACCGGUCCUAUGACACCAAAACAACUGAACAUGUUUCAAGUUCUCGUCAGGGACCAGGAGUUUAAGCAAAAGAUUGAAGAUGCCAGAAGAAUUGCACAAGAAUGCUUAAAGCUGGAUUUCAAAGACUACCGUUCAAAGAAUAGCUUGAAGUCAGAUAGGAAAUACGAAUCCACCAACGAGUCAGGUGGAGACAAGUUGAGAGCAACAGAAAAUAAAGAAACACAAACUGUCCAUACUGUCGAUGCCUCUGUACAGACAGAAAAUGAGAAAACAGUCAGCACCGACAAGUUGACAACAUUGAUGUUAGAUGCAUUAGCUAAUGUACCAGAUCAUGCAGUUGGUUAUAUAAAGGAUUUUCUACAAUUAUCUCUGAAAGGAAUAAUCAAUAUUCAUAGCACAAAGACAAAUCUGAAUGACCAGCCAUGUCAAAGAUGCAUUAGCAAUGUAUUCAGUAAACCAAACUAUGACAACAUUGAUUUUGAAACGCGGAUGGAACCAGUAGCUGCUAACAUAAUUGAUGUUUGUACAAAUCAAAUGGAGAACAUCGCACGAAACAUCUUCGAAGAAAUGAUGUACGACCAUUUCGACCAUACUCAUGAGUGGAACGAAAACCAGUUAGCCACGCCAAUGCCACCAAGUACCAAAUAUUACGCACCAGGAAGCAACGUUUAUGUGCCUAACUCUCAAAGAAGUGACUUUAAUCCCACAUGCAUGUCACAUCCUUCAGAAUUUUCCUAUUAUACUACCAUUGAUGCCGUUCCAUACAACUGGGCAGCCAAUGCCCCAGACCAAUAUUCUGAUUUGGCAGACGAUGAGUAUUUUAGAGAAAAUCUGAUAGUUCCCAAAUUAGACCUUUCUUUUAUGAAUGAAAAUCAUCCUGUUAAUUCUGACACAGAAAGUUCUAUGUUGUCGCUCAGCACCUGCGAGUCAGAAGGUGCCUUCAAGAACUGGCUUAAAAGGAACGAAAUGUAUGAAUCAGAAGACACAAGCAGUGCAUCCUUGUCUAUUUGUAACGUUCCAAGAGAAGAUACAUUAAAUGUAAAAGAACAGGCUGUUGUCAAACGAAGAAUACUUGAAAGAGUAAAUAAAAAUAUGAUGCCAGACGACGAAUCAGAAAUUGAUGAGAUUUUUACCGAAAACGAUAACUAUAAGCAAGAAGAAACAAGAAGAAGUGACGUAUCCAUGGGUUUUAUUAAGGCGGACAUCGACUUAACAUCAGCAGAAGUGAAUGAUUUUACAAAACCAAAAGAGUCCCAAGAUGUCCUUCAAGUUACUGAAACAAAAGAUGAAGCACCAGAAGCAGGUAUGGCAGGACAUCAAGGUCAUGAUAUUGAACCUGUUGACGAAAGACGGGUAAUCAAAGCGGCUAAAUGGGUUCUGGCUGUUGACACUUUCAUGCAACAACAAAAAGAACAGAAAGAAAGCAAUGAAUUAUGCAGGAUCGAACACACGAGAUAUUUUGACUUAGGGUCAAGUCGUUCAAGUAUGUCAAGCAGUACCAAUAUCGAACCCCCACCAAUGAUUACAUCGGACACUUUCCAGGACAAACGAGACAGUUUAGGUACUAUAAUAGGAAUUGCGGAAUGCAUCGAAGGUCAGCUAAAUUCGGACACUUCUCAGGACAAAAGUGACAAUUUAGGUACUAGCAUAAGAGAUAAGGAAUGCUAUGAAGAGCAGCUAAAAUCGGACACUCCUCAGGACAAAAAAGACAAUUUAGGUACUAGCAUAAAAGAUAAUGAAGAGCAGCUAAAAUUAUCAGAUACCAUAGAAGACCAUAAACAAAUGAAAGAAAUAGUUAACCAGAAAAGUAACAUCUUGUCUAACAGUGAUUGUGUCAGUUUAGAUUCUUUGGAUAUAGACAUAGCAUCUAUCUUGGGGAGUGAUUUUGGUAAAGGCGAGGGAGAUACCGUGUCUUUUAAUGAAGCACCAAAACCUGUCGAACCAGUGGAAAAACCUUUAUUUAGAAAACCACCUUUGCCACCCAAUGCAUAUAAGAAACUACAAGCUUUUCUCAGAGAAAGGGCUAAACAAAAAGAUAUUGAGGAUAGUGAAAGCGAAGAAUCCACUGAAAGCACCAAUAAUGUAACCAAUGCAUAUUUGAAACUACAUGCUAUUCUCAGAGAAAGGGCUAAACAAAAAGAUAUUGAGGAUAGUGUAAGCGAAGAAUCGACUGAAAGCACCAAUAAUGUAACUUCAAAUAGAAAAAGAAGAUGCGAUGAUGAAUACAGUGAUGAUGAAACAGAUAGCUCCACUUCAGACACAGAUUGUACUGAUAAUUAUUCUUAUGAAUCAGACUUUAGUGAAGAAACUUAUGAGAGUGACAGUUUCUGUGGUAAUGGUGAACCAGAUAAUGGAAACAACGAAAUGAAUGAUAUCACAAAGGACAGUAACAUACAGCAAGGUUUAAUAACACAUGAAAACGUAAAAGGAAGCAAAGAAAGUUUGCAGGAUAUAUACACACAGAAAGAUUUUUCAACUCCCAAAGGUGAUCUUUCCCCGGAGAAUGAAUAUUCAGAAAAAUUAUCUGCCUCCCUGAAAUUUGAAAUUAAAAACAAUGCAAAUAAGCAUGACAUAAAAGAAUCAAGCAUGCAAAUGCCAAUAGAACAGUAUAAACAGGCUUCCACUACAGAAUCUCAAUUUAUUAGCAACAUUGGGGGUGAUGGAAACCCGGAGUUGUAUGUCAAGAAAGAAAAUUCGUUCAAACUGACUAAAUACAAGAACGACAACGAACGUUGUACAGGCUUUACCGAACCGAGCACAACCAACCUGGUUGAUAUGGUAGCAAAUGAAACUGAAAUAUCCAAAUUCUCAAAAAGUCACAAUAACACUGAAAGUGUUGACCAAAAAGUGUCAUCAAACAUGGAUGUAUCAAACACACCAAUAUCAACUAAAAGUCAGAGUGACAAUGGUACGAGUGGAUUGUCUGUAAGGCAAAGACGAAUUGGACAUAAUAAUCUUUUGAGAAAAAAAUGAAG